AUGGAGACCAUCCGAGGUCUCCUCUGGAAGCCGACGCCCGAGGAGCAGAAGCGCAAAUGCAAUGCCCUCGUCCGGCAAAACGUGCGCAAGCUCGACCGCGAUAUCCAACAGCUUAAAGCCACAGAGCAAAAAACCAAGACGCUGAUCCAACAAUCGUCCAAACGCGCCCAACGCAACCCCUCCAUGGCCAAGCAAGCCAACCAAGACGUUCGUAUCUUCGCCCGCGAACUCAUUCGGAUCCGGAAACAAAAUAACCGCCUCAUGACGUCCAAGGCGCAGCUCAAUAGUGUGCAGAUGCAGGUCAAUGAGGCCUUUUCGGUUAGGAAGAUCGAGGGCAGCAUCAAAGCUAGCACGGGCAUCAUGAAAGACGUCAACAGUCUCGUGCGCUUACCGGAGCUGACGGGCACCAUGAGAGAGUUGAGCUCUGAGCUCAUGAAGGCGGGCAUUAUUGAAGAGAUGCUGGAUGAUACAUUGGGCGAGAAUGAGAUGCUGGAGGGAGAAGCGGAUGAGGCUGAGGAGGAAGUAGAUAAGGUACUGAGCGAGGUGCUCAAGGACAGGUUACCACCGAGCAAGGCCAAGGAAGAGGAACUGCCUACUGCGCCACAGCACGAGCAGGAAGAAGAGGAAAACCAAGAAGAACUGUUGGCGCAGAUGCGCGGGCGGUUGGAGGCGCUCAAGAGCUGA